CGAUCCUGAGCUGUCCAUAUUGCGGGCUCUUAUACCAGACCCUGUCACGGUGGUCACCAGCCUUUCACGUCAACUUUCCGCCUUCAGUCCAGCCUCCCUGCUCUCUCGUGCCUUACUGGGAAUGGAUAUGUAA